CUCGAAAUGACAUUAGCAUCUUGAAGAGGCAUUGGCCAGAGGCAACGAAAUCGCUUUCUCUUUAAUCUGAGAGAAACCAGAAGGGUUUUGCCAUGGAAUCUGUCGAUAGCAGUGAAGCGGGUAAAGCGGCUAAGAAUGAAGAACCUGCUGAAAAUGGCAGUGAACGGCUUAUCACAAUCGUGGCGUUUUUCGCAUUUGGUUUUAUCUUGUACUCCGUCUAUUCUUUGCUGAUUGCCGCUGCUGAAGACAUUCUACGCGGCAGUGACAUUCCAACUUCAGCCGUGAUAUCAUGUAUUGUCGGACCGUACGUGUUUAUAACUCUCAUAUCUCCGUAUUUUGCUCAGAACGUUCCGUACCUGCCUCGUGUUAUAGUGGUGUUUAUACUGUACGAAGCAGGAUUAUUUAGUUUGGUUUACGUAACAGACGUUCGAGCGAAGUUACUCUCUGUUUGCUUGGUAUCGUUUGCCUUCGGCGUGGGUGAAAUGUCGAGUAUAGCCAUGACAUCGUUUUAUAAUCCUGUGGUUGUUGGAGUAUUUUCGGCGGGUACUGGUGUUGGAUUCAUAACAGCUCCCCUAUAUUACACAGGUAUAUGAAGUAUAACUGGUAAAUAAGCUUCUUUUAACUGAAUCCCGACUACACAUUAAAGCAAGCUUUUUUUAAAAUUAAAGUAGUACUUACUAACGUUCUUUAAAGAAAAUGUUUUAAGGCGCUAGGUCUAAAGCCAUGAAGUUAAAUGAACUAAAUUUCUUUUCAAAUACCGAGGAAUUGAUGACAUAUGUCAAGGCCUAGCGAUCGACUGCUCAUUUGAUUAUGUGGCUAAAUAUUCUCAACAGAUGUUCAAUUACUACUGGUGCGUGAGGACUCCCGAUGUUAACCAAGUCAUAAACCUUUAAUUGUGCCCAAAUUUCGGUGAUUUUUGUAUGUAGAAUCUUAACACAAUUGCAAAAACUAAAAGUAAACAUCAUGUAUGUGUAUUUUAAGGUUUGCACGAAUUAUAUUGUUUUCCUGACGACUCCAACUAAAAAUUCCGAGGAACAUCUUUCGUUACCGCAAUGACGAUAUAAACGCUUUUUGCGAAGAGUGGUUUUCAAAUUUGUCGAAUUAUAAACGCUCUAAUGCGUUCUCAGAAUUUUCCCGUUAUGACAGACUUGUAUUGUUUGACAAACGGCUCAAGGCAGGUAUUUAACACUUACGUUUGGUAAAAAUCGAUGAGGCAAAUCACAGUGAAUAUGCAAAUAUAGGUAAAUUGCAGCAACAUUUGAAAAUACUUCUGUUAUUAAAUUGUGUGCAUUUCUUUUUAACUGCUUUUAAGUAUCAUAUUUAGCUUAGAAAUUCCAAUAGCGAGUCUAUCAGCGCUAAAAUUGAAUGGUAAAGUUUCCACACAGCCCCAUACUAUUGUAAAACAAAUCUGUUUUUCCAGUGGAAAUGUAUUGUUUUUGUCAUUGUUUUCUCUAUCCAAGAACUGAAUGCAUAAUGUAGUAUGGGGCUGUGCGGAAAUUUUAGCAAUUGAAUGAGACUUCUAUGUGAACAACACCCAUUUUCAGCUACGGUCGCGAUAGACCGCAUUUCGAAUAUUCGUAGUUCAACUCAGUACACCAGGAGUGCAAACUAAUUGAUCACUAUACGCGGCGAGCCUGAAUGUACAUUCUCUUUAACGUUUUGGUGUCUGCAAUUACAUGACGAGGUCAGGGUAAAUUUUCCCCCUUCCUGUGUUUAAUACAUCGGGGUAUAAUUCCUGAGCCCAAAAGAAAAUUAAAUUAUUUUAACAUGAAGAGCUGGCAGCGGAGAGGCGAAGCUGGAAAGAAAACAAAGAAAUUUACGACACUUAAAAGAAAAAAAAUUUGAAAGAAACGACACUUAACUCUUCUCGAGGGAAUUUUCCUGCCAAUAAAAAAUAUUUAAGAACCAGUUAAAAGACAAGGUGCUGUCUCCGACGAAUUUUUGGUACGCGAUGUGUUUGACGCUUGUGGUUAACAAGUUAUGGGACAAACAUGUUAUUUGCGGAGCCUUUAAAACAAAAACACGAAGUAGGAAGUUAAUUGUUCAGUUUAUGUAUAUUCUUUUCUUUUUUUCCUGAAUACUUCCAGCAAUGACCACAUGGUUUUGUGUAUCCUCCGAGAAAACGACUGUUACAGUAGCAUUCCUUGUCGUGCUUAAUUUGGUGUUUUACGCGCUGAUGGAACGAAAACACAACCGGUCGACGUCAAGAACAUCACGAUGUAACUGCUUUAGUGGUGCACAGUAUGAGAAAGUCGAGGAAAACGAAGAUGAAGACAAAGAACAGACUGGUCCCUCCCCUCCCCUGUUGACGACAGCGGAGAAACUUCGAGCCAUCAAGCAGAUCUGUCCAACAGUACUUUGCGUAGUGAUUUCGUGGAUGUCCGAGUUCUUGGUGACACAAGGUGUCAUCACGACCUACGCAUUUCCUAACUCACCCUUCCCCCCAAGAGAUCAUUACCAAUAUUACAUCACCUUGUUCCUGUUAGGCGAAUUCAUCGGUCGAUCAUACCUGGCUCUUAUCUCACUGAUCAAUCAAGACCUCAUUCCCAAAGUAACAGUUCACAAGUUGUGGCUACUGACCAUCAUAGAGGUCAGCAUUCUGGUGUUUUGCCUUUUCGCUGCCUGGUAUCGUUUCCUUCCGGACAUAACAUAUUUACUGAUUAUCUCCUUCCUCGCUGGGCUAAUAAUUGGAAUUAUGUACGCAAACGUACUCCAAGUGUUCACUGAUUCGUACGAGUUUCCCUUGCGCGAAUUUGUUUUAGGGUUUGUCGCUGUGGCCACGGGUAUGGGAAUAUUAAUCGCUGGUUUACUUGGACUUGUGGUGGAACCAUCUUUUAGAAAACAUUGCAUGACGAUAACAGAUUUAUCAGAAUAUUGUUUCACAAGAACAGAUCCGAAUGCAAUUUCUAACAUCACUGCUUCGUGUCAUAAUUAACAUUCAAUGAUAAAGAGCUUAGAAGACUAUGCGAGUCGCAGAAAACGAUAGGAAAACAAAACAAAGCACUUGACGGAGGUUAAAUCGUUGAGUGUUCAUUUUCCUUUACCUUAUUGUUUCUUCAAGAAGGCAAUGUCCUCUUUAAAGCCUAUUUGAUUUUUUUCUUUAGGUAGAGAGACUUGGGAAGGGCUUACUGCUGUAAGAGCGAGGGAAUGAAAAAUAAACAAAUAAAAUAGCGAAAGUCUACACGAAUAAGCGAGUCGAUUAUGUAUC